GGCUCACUUCCCGUGGGCCUCUCCCGUGUUGGUGCGUUUGCGCAACCACACCGACACCUCCCAGGGAGGAGCGAGGAAAAAGGGCGGGGAUCGCGCUUCCGUGUGGAUUGCAGCGCGCGUCACCGCCUGCCAGCCCGCGCUGCUCUUCCUCCCCCCCUCCCCCUCCCCCGGUCCUUCUGUCCCCCUCUGCUGCUGGCCGUCUCCCCGGCCUGCUUCCCCCAAUCGGUCCCUUGAUUCCGCCACCGCCCCGGCCCACAUGUCCCUCGCGCAUGUGCCUCACCACGCAUGCAGCAUGUCCUCAGCCGACCGAGCUGCCUCCACAUCGGUCCCCCAGCAUGCCGGGCGUUUCCGCCAUCCCUUGGAUGCCCUCCCCGUAGGUGAUGGGCAGCUGCGGGCAUUUGCGGCCGCCUGGUCCGCGGAGGAAAUCCAGGCGGUUCGCGCCUUCCUCAUGCGCGGGUUCACCACAUUCUCCAUCCCAAAGGGUAUGGAUCCCCCCUUGCGCAUGCCGACCGCACCGUCCGCCGACCUGGCCCUCCGCGCGAGGGGGUUCGCUCUUUGACAUGUCGACUGUUGCCCAUACGCCAGCGGACCUCAUCAUCCGAUACUUGCCCUUUGGCCAGCCAAAUGAACACGCCCCUCGCCAAUACACCGGCGUGUAUGGGCGGAGGCUGGCCCCGGGCGAGUCGCUCCUCGUCCCGCGGACAGGGCGCCCCUACCCGGGCUUUGGCCCCGGCGGUCGCGCUGUCCACAAGGCCAACAGCAAUGUCGAAGUGCGCCUCCCUCUCGACAAGGUCGCCUGGCUGCCAAAGUACGUGGCCCACAACAUCCGGCGUAUGGAGCCCCUCCGGGUCAAUGGGUCCUUCGAGCUGGUGGUCUUUUCGAACCACGGCUACUUCCAGGCAACCAAUUUCCACAAAUGCCUGGAGGAGAUCGUCCGGAUUGUCAAGGCAGCAGCCAUUCUGCCCGACUGGGAGGGCGACGCCACUCGAUCGACGAUAGGCCUCCAUGCCCAAGUCGACAACGAGCGCCGGCUGAGAGGGAAGAAGCGUCGCUCUGAAAUCAAGGCCGCCCGGCGCCUGAUCGCCGAUCGGUGACCGAAGUCCCCCAGGAGGCGGGCAAUGCCACCCCACAAUGUCCGCAAAGCCACGGGACGGCCCUCAGCCCGGAGCUUGGGCCGGAAAUACACCUCUCUCUCUCUCCCCCC